AUGGCAAUCCGAAAUCACUUGGAGUAUGUCCAGCCUUCUAGGAUGGUCACAGGUCUUGAAAUCCAGAAUAGGAAACGCCAUCCGCUGCCGUCAUUCCAACCAAAGUCUGAACAGAAUCUACAACAGCGAGGUCGAGGUCGGAAUCCAAAACCAUCCACUACGCUCCCGGUGUCGGCGAAUCGAUUCUCGAAAAGAACCCUGCGUCAAUACCUCAACACCAUCACCGUGCCACUCCCACUGUCCAAGGGUGUCUGUCAUCUUGAGAUCCUCCCCCAAGACAUCAUCAAUAAAAUCAGCCAGUACAUCCCGUACGAAAACUUGAUUUACCUCUCCUGGGCAUCGAAGGUACUCAAUAAAUUAGUCGACCCGCGUCUAGCACCCCACGAGACGAAACUGUCGUUCGUGUUACGCGCCGAGCGCGACUUCUACCGGCACUAUAGUAUCAGGCCGUCCAACCUCGGCUGCUUCAUGUGCUACAAAAUCCUUCCCGCGAGCAUCUUUGCAAUCGACCAGCCGCUUCAAGCUGAACUGUCCACCUCAGCAGUAAGUAGGCCGGUGGUGGUGAAUCUGCGGCGGUUCUGCAUACGCUGCGGUAUCCAAUCCGGUUUGCACAAGCCGGGAGACGAGCUUCUCACGCGGAUCGACGACAGGUUCUGGAUUUGCGACUGCUUGUAUGUACAAGGCGAAAAAACACUUGUCUGUCGGAGCUGCGGCGUGAUGUGUUACCUUAGGCCGAGGAGGACGAAGCCCGUCUCGUUGCUGAAGUCACCGAUAGGAUAUUAG